AUGCCUUCCGCGUUGGACUUGGAUCCGUUCAGUCAGCCAGAGUGGAGUGAUUCCAGCGAUUCAGUAGAGCCUGCUCCUCUGCCUCAGUUGGGAUACUUUGUGCCUGUUAGAUGCAGAUGCGAGAGAGCGUCGCACCAUGUGUGUCGGAGAAGUAAAAGAGAAUCUCCCCGGUCGCGUCGCUCCAUAUCGCAAUGUUCCUGCAACAGCAUGUCUCGUCGGUCGUCGGUUGCAGCGUCACCGAUGCCGUUGCCUCCACUCAACAACACCGUCGAAAUGUACGUCGAGCCGGUAGUCGAAGAUACUGCAGAACGAAGCGCUGGCUGGGAGACGCAUCGUGUACGCCUGAAUAGGGUACCAGGUUAUGGGUUCGGGAUCGCUGUGUCCGGUGGCAGGGACAAUCCUCAUUUCGCUAGUGGCGACCCAUCCAUUGCUGUGUCGGACGUGCUGAGAGGGGGGCCAGCUGAAGAUAAAUUACAAGUGAAUGAUAGGAUAGUGUCUGUGAACGGAGUACCUUUAGAGAAUGUGGAAUAUGCCCGUGCGGUGCAAGUGUUACGGGAUUCAGGAGCGGCUGUUUCGCUGGUGGUUAAGAGGAGAGCCCCCGCUCCUCCCCCGACAGCGCCAACCACCAUCAAGCUGUCUCUGUCUAGAAACGGGAAGAAAGAAGAUUUCGGAAUAGUCUUAGGAUGUAAACUAUAUGUCAAAGAAUUAACUAUGAGGGCGCGUGAACAGCUCAACCAAGCAGGCCAGGGACUAUGCGAAGGCGAUGUAGUGACAAGGAUCAACAACAGCCCUGUCACUGACGCAAUGACGCUGAAGGAAGCCAGGAAACUAAUAGAGAGUUGUAAAGACCGCCUCAAUUUGGUGAUAACGAGGGAACUGAUCAGGGAGGAGACAGUGACCAAUGGAAAUUAUCAAAAUAACUACAAUAGCUUAGAAGCCCAACCACACAACGUAUACACGGGAGGGGGAGAGGCGAUAUCGCCUGCUUACUCUAGCAGUGGACAGAAUUUGUAUGUAGCUGCGCCAGUGAGAGGCAACGAGAACAGAAGGGGACAGAUGCCACACGAACACGACCAACCGCCUAGACCGCCACCCCCAAGAAAUGAAGAUUACUAUAGCAGUAGAAGACAGCUGUACGAAGAGGACGGUGUCGUCAAUCAACGGAAUAAGCCCCCAAGCGAGCCUCGUCUGAUAAGUUUCCAAAAGGAGGGUUCGGUCGGUCUCCGGUUAUGUGGUGGGAACAGAUCAGGAGUCUUCGUAUCAGGAGUUCAGCCCACAAGUCCUGCCGCGUUACAGGGGUUACAGCCAGCCGACAAAAUACUUAAGGUUAACGAUAUGGAGAUGAAAGGUGUGACUCGGGAGGAAGCUGUCUUGUUCUUAUUGAGUCUCCAAGAGCGAAUAGAUCUUAUAGUUCAGCAUUCGCCUGACGAAUACAACGCUGUAGCAAGUGGACAGAUGCCCGGAGAUUCAUUUCAUGUAAAGACCCAUUUUCACUACACUGAGCCUACAGACGGCGAGAUGUCAUUCCGUUGCGGUGAUGUGUUUCACGUAGUGGACACGUUACACAAUGGAACAGUGGGCGCCUGGCAAGUUUACAGGAUAGGUCGAAAUAACCAAGAAGUCCAGAAAGGAAUAAUACCGAAUAAAGCACGAGCGGAAGAAUUAGCAACAGCACAGUUCAACGCUACCAAAAAGGAGAUGUCGGGGAAUGACGUCAAACACAACUUCUUCAGGAGGAGGAGAUCUACGCAUCGACGCAGCAAGAGCCUUGGCAAGGAGCACUGGGACGAGGUGGUGUUAUCAGACAGCAUCAGCAAGUUCCCCGCGUACGAGCGCGUGGUGCUGCAGCAGCCGGGCUUCGUACGCCCGGUGAUCGUGCUGGGCGCCGUCGCGGACAUCGCCCGCGAGCGGCUCCUCACCGAGACGCCUGACAAGUUCGCCUCGCCCAAAAUGGACAGCAAUUUAGAAGACAGCAAGACCAAAUCAGCGGGCAUUAUCCGUCUAUCCAGUAUCAGAACAAUAAUGGAGAGGGGGAAGCACGCCCUAUUGGACAUCACACCUAAUGCAGUGGACCGGCUCAACUACGCUCAGUUCUACCCUAUAGUCAUCUUUUUGAAGGCCGAUAAUAAGCAUAUUAUCAAACAGUUGAGGGCUGGUCUACCCAAGUCCGCGCACAAGUCUUCCAAAAAGCUUCUAGAACAGUGUCAACACAUGGAGAGGGUAUGGGGACACGUGUUCACGCACACUAUCACACUGAGCGAGGCCAAUCAGAACACCUGGUUCAGCAAACUAGUGGAUCUCGUACAAAUAACACAGCAGCAACAGUUAUGGGUGUCUGAAACUAAGAGGCCGGAGCCGUUGUCAGACGACUUUUUGUUCUCAAUGUCUUCGAGUACGGAGAAUCGUUUGUCUUACGCGUCAAGUCCGGAGAGUGAUUUGGAAGUGAGCCCGCCGCCUGCUCCAAGACUAGUCAAGUCGUCCUCCGACCCAUCUAUAGCGACAACUCAAGAUAACAUGGAUCGGGACGACGACAUGGGACAUAUGGCCGACGCUGUCCCACCUCCUUACACGCAGGGAGGCUACGGGGACAGCAAGUACGGCUUCUCAAACACUAACGGCACCAACAAUGGGCACGAUGCACCCCCGUACCAUGGUAGCAUGACGCAUUCGCCACCACACUCUCCAUUGUAUGGCACCGUACCCGAGUUGCCCCCUCGUGGAACCGUGAAUAGGCCUACUGGAGGUGUAUUGUUACCGGCCCCACCUCCUGGAAGACCACCUCAUUCAUUGAGACAUAAUCCACCCAACAAUCGACCGAGUGCACAAGAGCGUUUGUUCGGACCACCCAAAGAGGCGGGCAGUGACGAAGCGUCCACAUACAACGCUCGUCCCACCAGCAUGAUAGUACAAAGUACACAAGGGCAGGGCUCCUUGGAUAGGCAUCGACACCCAUCGAAUCCGCAAAGUUCAUACGACGGCACACCCUCAUACGACUACAGUAGUUCCAACAAUGGUUCAGCUAUGGGCUCCUGUAGGCUACCACCGAAUGCACCUGAUGAUCUCAAAGUUGCUCCACCACCUGCUAAAAUGGAACCACCGCCUCCUCCAAAUCCCACAGUAAUGUCCGCACAAAGUCCACAACGGAAUUCCAAUUCGCACGAACACAAUUCACUGGAUUAUAGAAACAAUGAAAAUAAUUACAGGUCGCAGGAUAACUACAGGAGUCCACAGUCGAAUCGUCCGCCGCCUGUGAAUGGGAACAGUCCACACACGCCGAUGCACGCGCGGGGUCCAUCGCUGCCCAAUGUACCUUGCAACGACCAUGCCAAAUAUAGCAGCGGACGUACAAACUCGGCGUCUCAAGCGGACUAUGGUGGGCGAGGGGGUGCUCCCGUGCCCCCUUAUAAGCCCGUUCCGCCCCCCAAACCGAAACAUUAUCGUCCACCAGAUAAUCCACCACAUCAUCCUAGGAAUGGGAGCAUGGACCCGGCAGCGGCGACGCCCCCCCGCGCCCCUCCCCCGGGCUCGUACCCCCCUCACCCGCAGUACUCACACCAGCAUUCACAUUCACAGCCAGCACAUCGACCACACAAUAACUACCAUCAGCAAAAUAUGUACGGUGGUCAAAUGGCACCGCAGUCGCCGCCGUAUUCUGGUCCGCCAUCUCAUCACCGAGCUAUAAACCUGCCCCAUAACCCGCAUCUUAUAGAUUUAGCUGGCAGCAGAGAGCAAAGAGGAUCUGCGUUCGAACUAUACAGAAAGCCUCAGCACAUGCAUAAUUUAAGUUCUUCCGAAGUCAUGAAUUCAAGCGUGGAGCGCGACGAGUCGUUCUCACCAAAAACUAAAAAGAAAUUAUCGAAAAAACCAUCGUUCAUUAAGAACGCAGUACUCGAUCUGUUCCGUUCGAAAACGAAAAGUUCGCAAAAAGUAUCUCGGCAAAAGUCACUUUGCGAGAGUGACUUACAGCAGAGACAGUUGCCUAAUAUGCCUAUGUUAAGACGAGAGAAGUCCGAUGUAAGCGAUUUAAGCAUACAUAUGAGAAAUACGCAAAUCAGAAAUCAAAUGUUGCAAAGAAGCACUUCAUCAUGCGAAAAACCCGUAUUGAAACCGAUACUAAAACGGCAGAGUUCAUUUUGUGAUGAAAGAAACGGGUCCAUAUGCACAGUUAGAGAUUAUGACGCUAAACCUGUGGUAAAAGGUCUUCUAAGGCAGAAUUCCAUGUGUGACAUAGAAACAGAACCGAAAGUUACCCCGUUGUUACGUAGACAGAACUCUAUGAUAGAAUACAAUAGAAAAGGUAUUUAUGGACAGACAUAUAGCUUUAAUAUGAUAACCAAAAUAGACCCAAUUUACCAAAGACAGCAGCAAGUGAAACAUGAACCAUUCCAUCCUACCCAGCCUUUACCUCCAGAACCGAUAUACCAAAGUAAAGAACACGUUAUAUACGAUCCUAUUCCAAAGCCAAGGAGAACUUAUGCCUCAUUAUAUGAUACUUCAAGUGAAAACCCUUAUGCCACUAGAUCAGAAGCAUCUAAUACUAGUUAUGAAAAUCCGUAUGCUAACCGUCAAACUAUGGCUAUGCCUCUAAUGGAUUCACCUUAUGGAAGUAGAGUUGAAUGUGUAAGUGAAAGCCCUUACGCGACUAGAGCUGAUUGUGUAAGAGAAAACCCAUAUGCCACUAGAGAUGAGUUGGUGCCUGAGAGUCCUUAUGGUACGAUAAAACAGGACGUUAGUAGGCAAUCAGAAUCCUUUUAUAAUGAGUCACCUUAUUCAAGUAAAGAGCAAAUGCUUAGACAAAGAAUGGUAUCCGAAAGUCCCUAUUCGACUAAGGAAGAAAUGUUACGUCAGAGGUUCUCAGAAUCGCCAUAUAAUACUAAAGAGGAAUUAUUCAAACAAAGAAAGGAUAGUUCCUUUACGUCAAAAGAACCGAAUCAUGGCAAAAGAACAUAUGACCCUCCUCCGAGUACAUCAUGGACGGAAAAUCCUUACAGCGUAAGACCUGAAAGAAGGUUACAGACCCCUCCUGUCGUGUAUACUAGUAGGGUUUCACCUAUGGGCAAAUGUAUGAGUGAACCACCCUAUGCCACUAGAACAGAAAUGAUGGCUAGGUUAUCACAAACUGAAUCACCAUACGCUACAAGGUCAGAAGUAAGAUCUAGUUGUUCAGAAACACAUUAUAGUAGUAGGCAGGAAAUUUCUGAAAUUAGUCACGAUAUUCGACCUGCUUCAGCUGAGUGCACUUAUGUAUCCAAACAAGAAAUAUUAUCGCAAAAAGCAGCCUUUCAAGCUAGCAAGGAGUCUAGUUACACUAUAAGAUUAGAAGAAAAAUUAGAAAUCAUUAAACAAAGAAAUCAAGCAAAAAAGGAUAUGAUAUAUCAGUCAAGAAAAGAGGCCAAUGAAAGCGAUACAGCUAAAAUGAGAGAACCUUUGUAUGUAUCUAAAAGAGAAUUAAAAGAGAGUGUUAUUUACGAGUCUCAACAAGAGUUAAAAGAUGCAGCACAAGCUUUGGUCGAAGAAGAAGGUAGUGCUCGCAGUAGUCCAUAUGAAUUAAGUGAUGCUAAUCAUUUGUCUCGACGUGAACCAGUAUAUCAAACUAAAGCCGAAGUGCAAGGAACAAUAGACAAUGAAACAUUCCAAGAAAUAGAUUUUUCGAAACUGAGAUUAACUGAAUCAAAAACGGACGCGGAGAAAGAAAAAUCUCUUAAUGUGGAAUCCAAUGUAUUAAAAGGAGAACCAAUAUUUGCACCUAGACUUCACGGUAAAGCUGAGCAUAUUUCUAGCGCAUUAAAAUCAACCACAACACCAGUACCUUAUGAAUCUACAACAUCUAUUGAAACACAUUACGCUUCUGAAUGCAGUAUGAAUUUCGAGAAUAAGCCACAAAGUACUCCUUAUGCUUCACAAGAUUUACAGGACCGCAUACCCAAACCUAAUAGGACAGUAACUUUCUGUGAGCAAAUAUUAGAAAGAAGUCAAGAGACAAGUCAGGAAAAUUCUGAAAAUACUUCUAACAGUCAAAAUGAGACAACCGUCUGUCAAAAUACAGUUAUAAACAAUGACACGAACGCAACAGGGGUCAAAGUGGAUGAAGUUCAACCUGACAGUCCUCAUACUACAUGGGGUAUAUUCGAUAGUGAAGGGGGAAUACUUGAAGAUAGGCAAUGGGGUGUCUCCUUAAUAAUACCUCCAAAAGCAAUUGCUCCCGGCAUCAAGCAAAAAAUUUAUUUUACGGUCUCAGAUCCAAGAUUAAGCCAACGAGUGGGGGGACCGCCCAUCGAUAUGGACAAUGGUGAAGCGAUGCUGUCUCCACUCGUGAUGUGUGGCCCUCAAGGCCUCGUUUUCUUAAGGCCGGUGACGCUCCGCCUCCCGCACUGUGCCAACGCCGUGCCUUCCCUAGGUCUCACUAUUAAGGCCACAGACACCGAAGCACAUCUUAGCACUGAUUGGGAUCAGAUACAUUUACCCGCCACCACUACAUUGAACACUGUUGCCGUUAAAGUUGACCAUUUUUAA